AUGGAAAAGAAACCGUUCCAGUGUGAGGUGUGUGAUCAAAGCUUCGCUCAGUCAUCAAAGCUCAUAAAACAUCGACACAUUCACACGGGGGAGAAACCCUUCAAGUGUGAGGUUUGUGACAAAUCCUUCACAAACUCAUCGAACCUCCUGGUCCAUCAGAGGAUCCAAGCAGGGGAGAAAGCCUUCAAGUGUGAGGUUUGCGUUAAAGCUUUUGUGACAUCGACAAGCCUCCUGAGACACCAAAGUAUUCACACAGGGGAGAAGCCGUUCAGGUGUGAGGUUUGUGAGAAGGCUUUCACCCACUCCUCUGAUCUCCUGAGGCACCAGAGGAUCCACACAGGCGAGAAACGCUUCAAGUGUGAGGUGUGUGACCGAGCCUUCACAUGGUCAUCAAAUCUUGUGCAACACCGACGCAUUCACACUGGGGAGAGACCGUUCAAGUGUGAAGUGUGUAAAAAGAACUUUGCACAAUCAUCAGCCCUGGUGGAUCACCGGCGCAUUCACACCAGUGAGAAACCAUUCAUUUGUGAGGUGUGCGACAAAUCAUUCUUGCGCUCAUCUCACUUUCGCAUUCACCAAUGCAUUCACACUGGGGAGAAACCAUUCAGUUGUGAGGUGUGUAACAAAGCCUUCACAAACUCAUCAACGCUCCUGACGCACCAAAGGAUCCACACAGGGGAGAAACCCUUCAGGUGUGAGAUUUGUGAGAAAGCUUUCAGCCACUCCUCUGCCCUCCUGACGCACCAGAGGAUCCACACGGGGGAGAAACCCUUCAGAUGUGAGCUGUGUGACCAAGCCUUCGCACAUUCAUCGACGCUUGUGAAUCACCGACGCAUCCACACAGGGGAGAAGCCGUUCAUUUGUGAAGUAUGUAAUGAAGGCUUUGCACGAUCAUCAGGCGUGGUGAAUCACCGGCGUGUUCACACAGGGGAGAAACCAUACAUGUGCAAGAUGUGUGACAAAUCAUUCUCACAGUCAUCAACCCUCCAUGAACACCAACGUAUUCACACAGGGGAGAAGCCAUAUGCAUGUGAUGUGUGCGAUAAAUCAUUCUCGCACUCAUCUCACUUUCGCGUACACCAACGCGUUCACACUGGGGAGAAACCAUUCAAGUGCGAGGUGUGCAGCAAAUUAUUCUCUCUGUCAUUGACCCUCCACUUACACCAAUGCAUUCACACAGGGAAAACAACAUUCAGAUGUAAGGUGUGUGACAAAGACUAUACAAGCUCAUCGAAGCUCCUGCUGCAUCAGAGGAUCCACACAGGGGAGUAAUCCUUCAAGUGUGAGAUUGGGGUAAAGUUUUGGGAUACCAGUAGAUUCACACUGGUGAGAAACCAUUCAGGUGUGAGGUGUGUGGCAAGGUUUCACAUUGUCAGUGUAUCUCCUGGUCCAUCAACGCACACACACAACGAG